ACAAGAGUUUCUCCAUAUUUGGAGACCUCGAAAAGUCCAAGUCAAUUGGGGACCAUUUACUAAUCAAGUUAUCGUUGAACUGUUGAAGAUUUGAAUGCGACAUCUCGUUUUCGUAAGAGGAGCGAGGAAGUUAUAAAUGGCAAUUUAGCUUAUCUUCUCCUCUUCUCGAUCCUUUUUUCAUGAUGAAGAUCAGCUGCUUGAUCUCUAAGCUCAAUUUGUUUACUCUAAUCCUGUUGCUUCAAUUACAUCUUUCGCUCUCUUCGGGAGAAAAUCAUUAUGGAGAUUGCAAGACGACGAAAUGCGGCAACCUUUUAAUACGUUUUCCUUUCACCAUUCCAACUCUGCAACAAUCUUAUUGUGGUGUUAAAGAUUUUGAGGUAAACUGCAAGAAUGGUAUACUUCCUAUGAUCAAUAUAUCCGGAGAUUAUUAUCUGAUUAAAAAUAUUUGGUAUGAUAACUCUACGUUUCAAGUUGUUAAUUCAGCUUUGGUUGAUGAUGAUUGUUACAAUUGGCUGAAAAACGGCAAAAACCUGUCGAUUCCAGCGAAUAGGUUUGAAUUCGCAAGAAAUCAGAGUGACAUAUUACUGUACACAAAUUGCGCAAAAGAAGUUUUGGGAGCAAAUAAGGAGAAUAAUAUAUGUGGAGCAAUAGCAGUGUACAGGAAUAACUCACAAAUGAAGGAUUUGAAGAGGGAGUGUGGUGGUGAAGUGAUUGUAAUGCCCUAUAACGAUGUCAAUCAGAGUGAAAACAAGAUUGUAGACGUAUUGAAAAACGGAUUUUCGUUGAUAUGGUCUGCUUAUGGUUGCGAUUCCUGUAUAGAUAGUGGGGGGAUUUGUGGAUAUGAUGCGGAGAAUCUUCAAUUCAGUUGUUACUGCCCUGAUCGAACUCAUGCUUUGUAUUGCGACGUUUUUGAUAAUAAUACCAAGUGGAAGUGGAAGUUGAAGUUGGGGGUUUCUCUAGGAUUAGUUGGGGCUGCAGCAUUGAUUGCUUUACUCCUCAUUUAUGCAAAGCGAAGGUCUAAAGGAACUAUGGUGAACCAAAAUGUAGAAGCAUUUCUGAAGAACUACGGAUCUCUUGCACCAAAAAAAUACACAUAUGAAGAGAUUAAGAAAAUCACCAAUGAUUUUAAUGAAAUUAUUGGGGAAGGAGGCUAUGGUACUGUUUAUAGAGGUAAACUAAAGGAUGGAAGAUGUGCGGCCGUAAAGAAGUUGAAGAAGUUAAAAGGUGACGGAGAAGAUUUCAUAAACGAAGUCGUAAGCAUCAGUAGAACUAACCAUGUCAACAUUGUGACACUCUAUGGCUUUUGUUUUCAAGGAAACAAGCAAGUUCUAGUCUACGAAUACUUGUCUAAAGGGUCACUAGAAAAGUUUAUACAUAGUGCAACAAAUGGGCAGAGACUUCCAGUAGAGACAAUGUUUAGUAUUGCAGUUGGUAUUGCUAAGGGACUUAACUACUUGCAUAGAGGUUGUAAUACCCGGAUUUUACACUUCGAUAUUAAGCCUCAUAAUAUUCUUCUUGAUGACAAUUUGUGUCCUAAAAUUUCAGACUUUGGUCUGGCUAGACUGUGUCCUUCAAAGGAAAGUUUGGUAUCAAUGUCGGAAGCUAGAGGGACGAUUGGGUACAUUGCUCCAGAAGUUUUUUUGAGGCAUUUUGGCGGUGUGUCGCAUAAAUCGGAUGUGUAUAGCUAUGGAAUGAUGCUUAUAGACCUGAUAUGUGGUAGAAAGAAUGCGUUUAGCACACAAGCUGCAGAGUGCAGCAGUGAUUUGUAUUUUCCAGAAUGGAUAUACCGUGAAUUAGAGUUUAGAGAUGAUUUUGAGUGCGAGAUUGGUGAUGAUAAAAGGUUGGAAAAAAAGAUGAUUUUGGUGAGCUUAUGGUGCAUACAAACGUAUCCUUCGAGUCGACCAGCGAUGAACCGAGUUUUAGAAAUGCUGGAGGGUCCAUUGGAGUCACUACAAAUGCCCCCCAAGCAAAAUAUAUCUUCACCUCAAAAAGCAAUUUUUGACUCUUCUGAAAUACCUCUGCACAGCUCAGAAUAUUGAUGUCAUUUGUGCCGAGUAAAGUCUAAAUUCUUAAAAUUGAGCUAUCUGGGCAAGUUAUCAAGAUUUCUGAGCAAAUUAAGUGUUACAACCCAUGUUCAAGUUUUGUCCAUUUGUUAUUUGUAAAGUAUAAGAAAUCCAUUGUCAUACGUAUACGUAUAUAAAGUAGAUUACAAACAUAAUGUAUUUUUUAAUCAAACUUAUGUUACUUUGAUUAACGACUGGUUUGUUUCC